AUGGAGGUUGCAACGAGCAAAAGAUAUGGAAUCACCAAGACAGAAUUGCCUCCAUGUUGUUUGAGGUUUCAUCCCAAUUAUUCUAACAAACUAUAUAUUGGGACUUAUAAGCUAGAAAAAGAUGGUCGUAAACAUGGAAGCUUGGACUAUUAUCAGUUUCAAUAUAUCGAUGAUAAUCAAUUAGAAAAACAUAAAGUCUGCUUAGUGCAAUCAGUUCCUACAAGCUCUGCUAUUUUGGAUAUAAAGUUUAGUCUCAGAGACCCGACUAUUUUAGUAUCAGCACACUCAAAUGGGCACUUGGUGGUCUGGCAAGUCGAUGGAGAAAGUGGGGAAUUGCUGGUCACUAUGGAUAUUACCGUAGAUGAAGAUGCAUUGGUCACAUCGGUGUUCUUUAAUCCUGCAAACUCUCUGCAAGUCUUAGUCACCAUGACAAGUGGCUACCUGGCAAUAGUAAACUUAGAAACCACUUCCAUAACUUGGCUUGAAACACCACAUACACUUGAAUGCUGGACUGGGUCUUUCGGGGAGAUUGGUGGCUUGCAAAAUGUGGUAUAUACGGGUGGCGACGAUUCGCAAUUAAUCGCCCAUGAUUUGAGAACAUCCAACUCAAUCUGGACCUUAAGGCGGGGCCACGAUGCAGGGGUAGUGAGUAUACUUUCCCCUUCACUGAACUGGAAUGCCAAUAAGGCCAACAUGAUAUGGCUGGGAUCAUAUGACGAUCAUCUUCGAGUUUGGGAUUUGAGGUGUAUAGAUCACAACGAGAUGCCGCUCAUCGAAGGUAUUGUACCAAAAGUUGUGCAUAAGGAUAACCUCAAUGGCGGGGUGUGGCGUUUGAUUGCCAGUCCUUUAGACAAUCGAAUGUUGACUUGUUGCAUGUAUGAUGGAGCUAGGGUCAUUGAUGCUGAAAACCCAGAAUUUGAAGUUGUAAGAUAUUUCAAGGGGGAUCACGAGAGUAUGUGUUAUGGAGGUGAUUGGUCUAGUUGCGGUCAGUAUGUAGCAACAUGCUCAUUUUACGAUAAUGUCGUACAGCUAUGGUCACCAGAUGAAUGCCAAUAG